GUCCCUGGUGAUCAUCAGCACUCUAGAUGGUCGGAUUGCUGCCUUGGACGCUGAGAAUCGCGGUAAAAAGCAGUGGGAUCUGGACGUGGGAUCCGGGGCCCUGGUCUCGUCCAGCCUCAGUAAGCCCGAGGUGUUCGGGAAUAAGAUGAUCAUUCCUUCCCUGGACGGGGACCUGUUCCAGUGGGACCGGGACCGGGAGAGCAUGGAGACGGUUCCUUUCACCGUGGAAUCUCUCCUGGAAGCUUCCUACAAGUUCGGAGACGACGUAGUUCUGGUUGGAGGAAAAUCUCUCACGACAUAUGGACUCAGUGCGUACAGUGGGAAGUUGCGGUACAUCUGUUCUGCCCUGGGCUGUCGCCGAUGGGACAGCGAUGAGCUGGAGGAGGAGGAGGAGGACAUCCUGCUCCUGCAGCGCACCCAGAAGACCGUGCGGGCAGUGGGACCUCGCAGCGGCAGUGAGAAGUGGAAUUUCAGUGUUGGCCACUUUGAACUUCGGUAUAUUCCAGACAUGGAAACUAGAGCCGGAUUUAUUGAAAGCAACUUUAGACCCAGUGGAAACAAAGAAGAGUCUAAGAUUAUUUCAGAUGUGGACGAGCAGGAAGCCGCCAUGCUGGACACGGUGAUAAAGGUCUCGGUGGCCGACUGGAAGGUCGUGGCGUUCAGUAAGAAGGGAGGACACCUGGAGUGGGAGCACCAGUUCUGCACUCCGAUCGCGUCGGCCUGGCUGGUCAGGGACGGCAAAGUCAUCCCCAUCAGCCUCUUUGACGACACGAGUUACGCGUCCCCAGAUGAGGGGUCCGAGGACGAGGAGGACAUCGUGGAAGCUGCCCGAGGGGCCACGGAGAGCAGCGUGUACCUGGGAAUGUACAGAGGCCAGCUGUACCUGCAGUCCUCAGUCCGGAUUUCAGAAAAGUUUCCUGCAAAUCCCAAGGCCUUGGAAUCUGUCAGUAGUGGAAAUGAGAUCAUUCCUUUGCCAACAAUCAAGUGGAAACCCUUAAUCCAUUCUCCUUCCAGAACUCCUGUCUUGGUAGGCUCUGACGAAUUCGACAAGUGUCUGAGUAAUGAUAAGUUUUCUCACGAAGAGUACAGCAACGGUGCACUCUCAGUCCUUCAGUACCCCUAUGAUAACGGUUACUACCUGCCGUACUACAAGAGGGAGCGCAGCAAGCGGAGCACGCAGAUCACCGUCCGGUUCCUGGACAGCCCCAGCUACCCGAAGAACAUGCGCAGGAAGGACCCCGUUCUCCUCCUGCACUGGUGGAAGGAGAUCGUGGGGACCAUUCUGUUCUGCAUCGCAGCGACCACGUUCAUCGUGCGCAGACUCUUCCACCCUCAGCUGCACCGGCAAAGGAAGGAAUCUGAAACUCAGUGUCAAACUGAAAAUAAGUAUGACUGCACAAGUGACCAGGCCGGUGCCAGGAGCCGAGGCGACGCGAAGAGCUCAGGAUACGUGUCUCGCUACCUGGCAGACUUCGAGCCUGUUCAGUGCCUGGGCCGGGGCGGCUUCGGCGUCGUCUUCGAGGCUAGAAACAAGGUGGAUGACUGCAACUACGCCAUCAAGAGGAUCCGGCUGCCCAACAGGGAAUUGGCUAGAGAGAAGGUCAUGCGGGAGGUGAAAGCCCUGGCCAAGCUGGAGCACCCGGGCAUCGUCAGGUACUUCAACGCCUGGCUGGAGGCGCCACCCGAGGAGUGGCAGGAGAAGAUGGACGAAGUGUGGCUCAAGGACGAGAGCACAGAGUGGCCGCUCAGCUCGCCCAGCCUGCUGGACGCACCCUCGGUUAAAAUUCGCAGAAUGGACCCUUUCUCCUCAAAAGAGCAUGUCGAAGUCAUCGCUCCUUCGCCGCAGAGAAGCGCGUCUUUCUCAGUGGGCAUCUCCUGCGGCCAGACCAGCUCUUCUGAGAGCCGGUUCUCUCCUCUGGAGUUCUCGGACGUGGAUCUCGGCGACGCCCGAGGGUCGGGGGCUGCGCCGAGCGGCCGCGAGGACCACCUCCUCGCGGACCGGGGUGUGGAGGGCGGCCCUGCCGGCGGCAGUGGCGGGGGGCACCCCGUCGUGCCCCGUCCCUCGGAGGCGCGCCCCGCCGCGAGGCCGGGGGAGCGGACCUCCUCCUCCAUCGUCUUCGAGGACUCCGGCUGCGACAACGCAUCCAGCGGGGAAGGGCGCGGGACGCAGCGACUGCGCAUCGGCAGCCUCCUUGCGCACAGAGUGGCAGCUUUCCAGUGCUCCGGCAGCAGGUCAUCUCCCGAAGCCACCCUGUCCGUCUCUCCCCCAAGACCGACCACGCUCAGCUUGGAUCUCUCCAGGAGCACGGCGGAGAAACUGCAGCCCAGCUCCCCGAAGGUGUAUCUGUACAUCCAGAUGCAGCUGUGCAGGAAGGAGACCCUCAAGGACUGGCUGAACCGCCGCUGCACCUUGGAGGAGAGGGAGCGCGGCGCGUGCCUGCACAUCUUCCUGCAGAUUGCCGAGGCCGUGGAGUUCCUGCACGGCAAGGGCCUCAUGCACAGGGACCUCAAGCCUUCCAACAUAUUCUUCACAGUGGACGACGUGGUCAAGGUGGGAGACUUCGGGUUAGUGACUGCGAUGGACCAGGACGAGGACGAGCGGACGGUCCUGACCCCGAUGCCAGCCUACGCCACACACACGGGACAAGUGGGGACCAAGCUGUACAUGAGCCCAGAGCAGAUUCGUGGGAACAGCUACUCUCAUAAAGUGGACAUCUUUUCUCUGGGCCUGAUUCUGUUUGAAUUGCUGUACCCAUUCAGCACUCAGAUGGAGAGAGUUCGGACCUUGACUGAUGUAAGGAAUCUCAAAUUUCCACCGCUGUUCACCCAGAAGUACCCUCGGGAGUUCGCAGUGGUCCAGGACAUGCUCUCUCCCUGCCCCACGGAGCGGCCUGAAGCCACGGACAUCAUUGAAGACGGGGUGUUCGAGGACCUGGCCGUCCCGGGGAAGACCCUGCUCAGACAGCGGUCUCGCUCCUUGAGUUCCUCGGGGGCCAGGCAGCCCAGGCAGCCCAGCAGUUAGCCGCGCCCGCCGUGGGCCACCGCCUCCUCCCUCGGGGGCCGUCCACUGCCCUCACUCCAUUUUACAUUGGCCUGCACGUUCUGCACCACACUCCGCGGGGUCCGGUCACAUCACUGUGGCUGGACCUGAGGAGAGGCCGUCUGAAAGGCCGAGCUCCGCGCUCCGCUGGCCGAGCUCGCCUUGGCCCAGAGGUGGGCGUCCGAGAGACAGAUCCAAAGUGGGAGUGUUUCUGCAGCCCGGCCGCUCUGCAGUGACGGUUGCUCUAGAAACGUGCUUUCUAGAGGUGGCACCAUUGCGAAGCCGAUUCCUAGAAGGCCGACUCCACCCCUGUCCUGCGGGCAGACGGGGCACCGCUGGGGGACAGCUGGCUCUGUCACCUGACGUCCUGCUGGCUGCUCCUCACGUGGCUCUAGGGAGGGCUGAGGCUUCCUGUGUUGUCACCUGCAGUAAAGGGAAAUGACGCUUUUACGUACAUGGGCCACAAGUGCUGGUUCGGGAAGGAAAAGAGCUAUAGUAAGAAAUGAAUUCCUAUCGCAACUAACUUCUUCAAUCGAGGACUAAACCUGAUCAUGCCGCAUACGUAAGCUUCUAGGUUGCCAGGUCCCCCAGGUGAUUAUAGAUACGUUCAAUCAUCUCUCGUUAACGUGUUUUUAUUUUCCCCUGUAAAUAUGUUUAUUUUUUAUUUAUCAAAAUUCUGAAAUCAAUCCAUUUGGGUUGGUGGUGUACAGAACGCACAUAAGUGUGUUAACUAUUGUGACUUCUUUCAAGUCUAAAUGAUUUAAUAAAACUUUUUUAAAAUA